AAACAGAAACGGGAAUUCAUAUGCCAAAUGGCCACACUCCACUCUUCUCUACUGGUAAAAACCGCUUGACAUAACAAGCAGCGGCACUUUCAGGAAGUCUGUCUUCUCUGUGUGUCGAUGGAGGAUCCUCGAGAAAAAGAAGACAAGGAAUUCUUAACCGAAGCUGCAGAGUUAGAUGAAGCAUUGAGAGUGUUGAACUCCUCUCUCUCUCAAAUCAAAUGGCGUCUCAAAUACUCUCGACGUCGACUUGACACAGAUAUUCUAGCUUUGUGCACUGGAAUGAGGCCAGUGAUACUGGUAGACUAUGGCGGAAAGAUGCCUGAACUGCAAGAGAGACUCUGCGCUAUUUUGAAACUUUGUCAAAAGGAGUCACCCAUUUUUGAGCAUUUGAGAGUAAUGGUUAUAGAAGAAAUGAUAUAUUUGAUACACGUUAGAGGGCUUGCUGAUCAUGUUAGGUCAAGCUUGAACUCAGAACAAGAGUUGCUCUUUGUGGAUGUUGAACGAGAUCCUCCAAAGAUGAUAACAGAAGCAGAAAAAAACCCAUUGGGGAUGCAGCUUAUAUCUAUUCAGAAGUUGUUCUCUCUGGUAUUUCCUGUUGGUGGAAGGAAAGAUGAGGCUUCGCCAUCUCACAGUAUAACAGCUGAUGCUGAACCGCCCAUAAAUGAACUCAUCCCUUCUCAGUCAUCUGAAUUUAUCGAUCUGAGUAGCUGCAUGCAAAAUACUGAGGUCUUACUGCCAACGCUAAAUGGAUGGCUUCUUGGGUAUCCAGUUGUGUACUUGUUCAGAGAGGAGCAUAAUGUUGCUGCUGUUUGUAAUCUUUCUUCCAAGUGUCUUCAUAUCUAUAAAAUAUCAAUAUGCAGGAAUGGAUCCCCUGAUGAAGUAUAUCAACCAGACGAACUCUUGAGUUUCUCGGUGCCCUACGAUCUUAGCAUGAGAGGGAGCAAGGAAAAAUGGGCAGAGGCAUUUUUGGCUCAUAUGCAGGGGAGAUGGGAAAGGUGCGAGCGUGCUUGGAGGCCUUUGCAGAUGGAGGUUAGCGAACUAAAACCGCAAACUAUUGCGUUCUAAAAUAACCUGUUUUACUACUUUCUCUCACCAUGCUCAAACAUCGUCCAAGAAUCCUUGUUAUGAGCGAUACUAAAGAUACUUGUAAAGGAGUUUAAGUAAGAAUAUAUUUUGUCACAAGGAAUUUACAUAUAUUUUGUCUUGCAUUUACAGUUUAUUGCUCUUUUAUAUGUAGCAAAAAUGUUCUCUUGGUCAUCCCGUGACGGAGGAAUGUUUGUGACUCACCCUUGAAUUUGAUAUCAGGGAUAGAGAAUAAAUGAAUGUUCUUUCAAUGUUUUAAUCUCAACCCUUGAUAUUAAAUUAAAGGGUGAGCGAGCAUGAAUCUUUGGUCACUUGGCGACCAAGAGAACAAGAUUCUAUAUG